AUUGAUAACACGAGUUUUGAGUGUAGUACUGUACAUGAAAGUUAAUAAUAAUAGCUUUUGUAUUUUUUUUUGCUAUGAACCAAAGCUUCGGCAAAUUUGCGAAUGCUGUAAAUUAUUUAGUUUUUAUGUUGGCAUGAGGCGUUUUUAAGAAGAUAAACUGUGCUACACGAAUUCACCGCAAUGGGUUUUGCAGUAUAUAUUUGCAGUUUUGCAGUAUACUUUGAAGUGUUAUUGAUUGUACAAAACUGUAGCGGCAUACAGCACUUGUAGUUGAAAACUUUAGUUUCCGGUUCCAGCAUGGCUUCGAAACCUUAUUCAAGGCCUUCCCCGAAGAACUCCCCAACUAAAACCCUGUAUAAACCUCUGGCCGAAAUGAACUUAAGCAGCCCCAAGAAAAACCCCAUUCGCAGCCCCUUUAAGGCUAUCACGCCCUCAAAAGCCGAAAAUACAGAGAACACAGAUCGUGAACCGCUUCUGGAGGAAAAUCCCGGACGUUUCGUUAUUUUCCCCAUUCGAUAUCAUGAUAUCUGGAAGAUGUACAAAAAAGCCGUGGCAUCCUUCUGGACAACCGAAGAAGUGGACUUGUCGAAAGAUGUCAAACACUGGGAGUCGCUGAAAGACGAUGAGAGAUAUUUCAUCUCUCACGUGCUUGCCUUCUUCGCCGCUAGCGACGGCAUCGUCAACGAAAAUCUGGUAGAGCGUUUCAGCCAAGAAGUGCAAGUUACAGAAGCUCGCUGCUUUUAUGGAUUUCAAAUAGCUAUUGAAAAUAUCCAUUCGGAAAUGUACAGCCUACUGAUCGAUACAUAUAUCAAGGAUCCUGCUGAACGCGAAUACUUGUUUAAUGCGAUCGAAACAAUGCCAUGUGUGAAAAAGAAAGCCGAUUGGGCGCUGAACUGGAUCAGCAAUACGAACGCGACAUAUGGGGAGCGGAUAAUUGCCUUUGCAGCCGUUGAGGGAAUUUUCUUCUCUGGAUCGUUUGCAUCCAUCUUCUGGCUGAAAAAGCGUGGUUUGAUGCCGGGACUGACAUUUAGCAACGAACUAAUCAGUCGCGACGAGGGACUGCACUGUGACUUCGCCUGCCUGAUGUUUUCUCACCUCAUCCACAAGCCCCCACAAGAGAGAAUCAAAGAUAUUGUAUGCGAUGCUGUAACGAUAGAGCAAGAAUUUCUCACGGAAGCCCUUCCGUGCAACUUGAUUGGAAUGAACUGCACGCUCAUGAAGCGCUAUAUCGAAUUUGUAGCGGAUCGCCUUCUGAUCGAGUUGGGCGUCGAUAAGGUUUACGGCGUUGAUAAUCCUUUUGAUUUCAUGGAAAACAUCUCCUUGGAGGGAAAAACAAAUUUCUUCGAAAAACGAGUUGGAGAAUACCAGAAGGCCGGUGUCAUGAAUAAUCGUGCCGAUUUGUUCGAUUUCACAACUUCCGCCGACUUUUAACGCAGCCAAAAGGAUCUCCAGUUUGGAGAUCGGUCAUGAUUAUUUGUUUGGGCAGUUGUCAUUAUCGCAACAUUUUACCUUUUCAGUAUGCUUUCAAUCUAUCUGAACUUAAUAUGUUCUGUGCGCGCAGUAAGUACUGUAACGUAGGCAUUUCCGCAACCUAACGUAAGUGUUGAAAGUGCUUGUUAAGUGCUUGUUAAUUUGUUAUUACGCGUUGGAAUACUAUUUGUACGAGAAAUUUUGAACAGCUGCUGUUGCCUUUUGCUGUGUGAAAUUGCACUUGUUUUACGACAAUCUUCUAAACUUGUUGUUUUUUUCGUUAUUUAUUGUGUUGAAUUCUACAGAUUCGUGGACCUUUUUUGUGCGGGUGUGUAUUGUUAAUGAUGAGACAUUGAAGACAGUUACGUGUUUGAACGGUG